ACAUAUUUAUGAUAGUAUUGUUUUCGUAGGUCAUAUAUGCGUGGAUUCAAUAUUUAAGUAAAAUAUUAAUUCAAGUUAGGAAUAAUCAGUAUUACAGAUUGUUUUACACCAUCAAAUGCGACCGUGAAAUAAGUAUGCAUUCAAAGCAAGUACUGUUUUGUUAUUUGGUGUCUGAAAUUAAAAAUUGUUAAAUUGGACCAUCAUGCCCAAUCGGCAGCUGCCAACUCAAUUGCGGUUCAGUUAAGAAAUUUUAAUCUCGAACUUUUUUACUGCAUAGAAGUAAUCUGUAUAUAUCUGCAUCUUUGGAGUAAAUUGUAGUAAACAGUGAAUUUCUGAUUCAAUGUGUCCCAUAAAUUGGCGACGCUUUUGUGAAGAGUGGCGCAUCUGGAUACGACCACUUUUGAUCGUCACCUAUGGUAUAUUUGCAAUUAUCAUCGUACCAUUGCUUAUUGUCAAUUCCGUAAAGGAUGGAUUUACGCGGAAAGAUCAACUUAUACUCAUUGGAGGGCUUUUUGUGUUGUCCGCUGUACCAGUAUCAAUUUGGCACAUCAUACAGCAUGUAAUACAUUUCACUAAACCGAUUUUGCAGAAGCAUAUUAUACGAAUUUUAUGGAUGGUACCAAUUUAUGCCCUCAAUGCGUGGAUUGGACUAUUUUUUCCUAAGCAUUCUAUUUACGUAGACUCUCUGCGUGAAUGUUACGAAGCUUAUGUGAUUUACAACUUUAUGGUCUACCUAUUGCGCUAUCUCAAUUUAGGAAUGGAUCUAGAAGCCACCAUGGAAUAUAAACCACAGGUGUACCAUUUCUUUCCGCUUUGUUGCAUGAGACCUUGGCCUAUGGGUCGUGAAUUUAUACACAAUUGUAAACACGGAAUUCUUCAAUACACAGUGGUCCGACCUAUCACCACAUUCAUUUCUGUUAUUUGCGAGCUAUGUGGUGUCUAUGGAGAAGGAACAUUUGCGGGAAACGUGGCAUUUCCUUACAUCAUUGUGAUCAACAACAUUUCACAGUUUGUUGCCAUGUACUGCUUGGUGCUCUUCUACAAAGCUAAUAAAGAAGACCUUAAGCCAAUGAAACCGAUACCAAAGUUUCUUUGCAUUAAAGCAGUGGUAUUCUUCUCAUUUUUCCAAGGUGUAAUAUUGUUUUUACUAGUCUACUAUAAGGUUUUGCAAAAAUUAUUCACACUUGGAGACGAUACGAACUUGGCGUCAAUGCUGCAGAACUUUCUCAUUUGUAUUGAGAUGUUCAUCGCAGCCGUGGCACACAUUUAUAGUUUUCCGCAUCAUCCGUUCCAUAUCAAUUCUCCUCAAUAUUGGAAUAAUCCGAAUCAUAAUUGGUGCCGUGCUUUUCUCUCCAUGAUGGACAUCUCGGAUAUGCAACAAGAUGUUACCGAGCAUUUGGGGGUAGUAAGCAGCUCUAUUAGCCGACAUUUUCAAGGUCGAAGCAACUAUCAACCUUUAUCGCGCGGUACCCGCCGAUCCAGUGGUGAGACGGAAUAUUUAAUCAGCAAACGACAAGAUAGUGACAACAAUCCGGAGGCUAUAAUCAGUGACAUGCCGACAGCGAGUUCAAUGGUCGGCGAUGUGAUGAUAGUUAGUAGCAAGGGCGGCGUUGUUGGACAAACAGGUAAUAGAAAAAGACAUAAUUCGAAUUUCGCUAGUAAACCAUUGGCUAAAGCCAAUCGCUACGGAGCUACAGAUAAUCUUGCAUUGCCUGUUGGCGAAAUCGCACUAACCACUGAUUCUACAUCUCACAUCCACAUAGCAGACAUGCAUUCAGCCUACAACACAUCGUGUGCCGUUAACGCAGAAGCCGCCGGAACGCAUUCCAAUUUCGGAAUAAAUAUACAGAAACGAGAGGUAAACGCUCGCGAACGCUCACCUCAGCAAGUGUAUGGCGCCCCCGUACCUGGUGGCAAUAGCUUUUUACAAGCACGCAACGUAGGUGUACAUUCCAGCAGCAUUCCCGACACAGGCGACGAUUUUGUUUCGUUAAUUGGGACUGGCAGAUGACAUCGUAAUAUAGGAAGUAGUAGCAAUAGUCAAAAUUAUAAUCCAUCGGCAGUCGAUUUGACAUCAGUGUCAGUUUCGGCGUCGAUUGGUAUUUCUAGUAGUCUUAAAUUAUCGACAGGUGGCAGCGGUAAUAGCAGUUCCCCUGAUUGGCUAAGCACGUCCCAUUCUGAAGAUGAUAACGAUAAUGACAGCGACGACGACGACAAUGAUUACAACAACAUAACAUUAAGCGAUGGUAACGUUAGUGACAUUCGGCGCACGGGUGACUUUGGGGGAGGCAAUUUUGCUGCUAGCGCAUAUGUUGAUGAGCAGCGUGGCCACAAUGAAAUGUCACCAGACUACAUCGCAACGAGACGAUCACCACACAGACCUACUAACAGCGGGCACAUCACAUAGAUAACUCAACAGCCGUGGUACUAAGAGCAAUAUGUUUAUUUAUCUUAUUAUUUUAUUUCACUGUGUAUUAUUUCUUUUUUACUUACGUAAUUUAGAAGUUCUUGUUAUUUCGUGCAUUUAUGAGUUGUAUAUUAUCGGCAAAGUGAUGUUUUUGCUCAUUUUAUAUCGAUUUUGCUUUUUGCCUAAUUAUUUUUGAUUUUCCGUUUGAAGAGCUGAAACAGUUCAUCUUUUUUAUGUGGAAGAAAUUUCAGGCAUUAGUAACGUAAUCAUGUGGCCUUUUCAUACGGAAGUAGAAAAAAGUGUUAUUUUCUUAUUAAGCAAAAAAGACUGGGGUUCAAAUUAUUUACUUAGAAGUAGCUGUUUCUAAAGCGAACUUACGUUUUAUUAAAAUUAACUAUAGACUUUUUGUAGUUGACCACGUGAAUUAAUUUGGGAAGUUUAUGUGUAAGACGGAAUGACGAAUAGAAAUCUUGAAUAUCAAUCAAAAAAUUCGAUUAUGAAGUUUAUUUAAAGCGCAUAAUUAAACUAUAGGCA